UGCAACUAUCGUGCCUUUUCUUUGUUCUCUUUCUCUUGCUCUGCGCGCCUCGUGGACCUUGGCUGUCUGUAUAUCUAUCCGGCAACGGUUACAGUCUCAUCUCCACCCAUGUCGACCAUCUGAGGAUUUUCCCUUUCACGUUCCUGGUUUGUCCACCCAUGGAGUCCACUGUAUCUGCCCGGCUAACACAAGCUGUCUCUUCUAAUAUCUAGUGUCUUUCUUUGCCCAUACUCACAGUUUCGGCAUGUUCUCUCACCAUCUCUAUCAUUCCUUGUUGGCAUGAAUUAAGUACAUACGACGCGUUCCACUUACACCCAUUCACCCAAUACAAGUACAGUUCACUUGUUUCCAACCAAGUGAACUGUUUUUCUUUUCGCGGCUUGUUCCUGGUGAACUCCGCAGACGUGCAGUCGCAUUGUGCAUUCGCAUUUUGCGGCUUGUUCCUGGUGAACUCCGCAGACGUGCAGUCGCAUUGUGCAUUCGCAUUUUGCAUGUUCUUUGUCCCUUCAUCAAUGACGCGACUAUUUUGAUGAAUGCCUUUUUUGCUUUAGAGGUUUUUGUACACGACCAUUCUUCCCAUGACGCACCUACGACAUAAAGCUUCUAUUCUUGGCUUCGCCUUCACCUACCUUUUCCUUUACCUGAUCUUCAGGCUUUCGAGUCAAUGGCAUGAUUCAGCUACCAUAGUGAGGAUGGGCGACAGCAUAGUCGCACCGUCCCCGAUGCCGUCGAGAGCAGUCUGGAACAUCAGCAAUGUGGGAAUGCGUCCACGUCCUCAUUCCCCCCGACCGCAGUACGCACCUGGCCUGCCCAAACUUCCUGGAUCAGCAUAUAGCAAAAUAAUCGUGGUAGCUCGGACAAGGGAGGAGGAUACAAGUUGGAUGGCGCGGGAGCUCCCGGACUGGCAGACUGCUAUCUACGUUGCCGAUGAUCCCACAGCUCCUCUCCACCCACCGAAAAAUAAGGGCCACGAAGUCAUGGUUUACUUGACCUAUAUCAUAGACCACUACGAUAACCUUCCCGAUAUCAUCGCGUUCAUUCACUCGCACCAAUUCGCCUGGCAUAUCGAUGAGCUCUUUGGCGGUGAUGCCGUGGUCAUGCUUCAGCGUCUCAACCCGGCUCGUGUCAUCAGGGAAGGCUACACGAACCUCCGCUGCAUCUGGAACCCCGGUUGCCCUGACUGGAUGCACCCCGGCGCCCGCGAAGAAGACGAGAGCAAACAGGAAGAAACCAUCUUCGCGCACACGUGGGGUGAGCUCUUCCCCAACGAACCCGUGCCGGACGUCCUCGCCCAGCCCUGCUGUGCCCAGUUCGCCGUCUCGCGGGAACGCAUUCUAGCCAUCCCCAAAUCUCGCUUUAUCUUCUACCGCGACUGGGUCCUGAAGACUGAUCUGAGCGACUACAUUUCCGGUCGCAUUUGGGAGUAUCUCUGGCACGUUGUAUUCUCGGGCCAAUACACCGUCUGUCCGAAAGAGCACGUAUGUUACUGCGAUGGCUACGGCGCUUGUUUCGGGGGCGAGAAGGAGUACGAUGCCUUUAGGGGUCUAGGAUUUCAGAAACAGGACCUUGAACGAGAACUUCAAGAGUGGCAGGCUCAGACACAGUCAAUCGAACUGGCGCGCAUGGAUGAAAGUAUAGAUGUGUCGGAGCUAUAUGAUGUUCCUGCGCCGGGAAGGGACGUGGAGAUCGCCCAUGAGAUUGCGGAGAAAGAGAAAGCGAUGCAAAAGAUGAUUGACGAAGCUGUUGCCCGUGGUAACGAUCCCAGACUCAGGGCUCUUGAGGUUGGAAGGGAGUGGAAAGAGGGAGACGGAUUUUAAGAUCUAGCCUCUCAUCCUUUCUCCCCAUUACUUCGUGGCUUCAUCCAUAUACACCAUCUCCUCGUCCAUCUAUCUUUUGUGAAUUUUAAGCUCAGUCUGAUGCUUACCUUUUCUCCGACUUGGACAUUAGAUGUCUUGUUUUUGUGCAUGCACCAUUGGUCCUGGGAUUGUUGUUUGUAAAUACAUCCAUGUCUAUUCCUUUUAUACUUGCCUUCUUGAUCAUUUCCCUUGAGAAGAUCUUGCAUGGGUUUUGUUUUUACCAUCUGUUUCUAUUGUUGGGUUGACCUGCGGCAACGAAAGAUGUCUAUAUGCGAGUGACACAAGGAUAAAACCACCACAUUAUGCUGUAUAUCUAUCUACAUGAUGCUUCUAGAAUACACAUUGUUCCAUUUCUG